AUGAGCUCCAGUCUGGUCAACUCUUUAGCCAAGGUCUAUGACCCCAACCCUCUUCAUGGUCAGAAGUCUGGAGGGAGGAAGACAUCGCUAAGUGGUUCAGACAGGUGUCUUGCUGCUGCUUCUUCAUCGCCUUUAUCCCAGGAUGCAACGCUGCACUUCAUGGAGAACCGUAUCGACUCCCUGAGUUCUCAGAUGGAGCGCUUGCUCAGUAUGCAGCAGACUGUCCUAUUCCGGCUCGAUGGCUUGUCUCAGGAUGUCAGGAGCAUGAGCGCCGAUUUGGCAUCUCUACGUGAAGAGGGUCGCGGGAAUCGUAGCUUGGAGGCGAAAGCUGCCUGCAUGGAGCUGCGUGGAGCGAUUGAGAAAGCCACUGAUUGCAUGGAAAGUCACGGAUGCAGGUUGGACGGGGUGGAGAAGCUGGUGGAGGGCACCCAGCAGGUGAUCGGCUUCAUUGGGGAGGUGGUGAAGAGCUCCCGGCUCAUAGAGCUGCUGUUCAAACGGCCAGGAAACAGGAGCAACAGCAAGACGAGGGACGACAAACUUAGCCUGAAGGGUUUGAAGGUCCAGCAGAAGCAGAACCCCCCAGACAUUACAGACGUGUCCACCUUGAAUGAUCCUGUGCUGCGGGAGCAGUUGGAAAAGCUCAACUGGCCUAACACUGAGCAUUCUGAAGGAAGUACCAAUGGUGACGGCCAGCAGAGCGAUAAAGAAGAUGAGGGUUAUCUGUAUGGAGGUUCAGAGUCUGAAGAAGAACAGCAGAAAGAGUGGGAAAAGACAGACAAGAUUAGCCCUGGACAGACUGGAAAAGUGGAGGAUGAUGGGAAGGAAAGGUGUAAAGGAAAGACGAAAGUUUCAGUAUCACAAAUCGCUUCAGGCGUCAUUCCUGAUCAGACCUGCAAGAUGUCUUUGCUGCCACAGGAAAGCAAACGUUGUGUCCCAGAGGAGCACCGGGUGAAGGAUGACCUCAAGAAAAGCCGAGUGGAGCACAGGAAAGGAGACCAUGCUGAGGGCUGGGAGGCGGAGUUAACGCAGACGCAGGUUUCCAAAUCUGAUGACCGAAAGAUAGAGGAAGGAACGAACAAAGAGUCAGCAGGGAAGGAAUUUAUGAUAGACCGCAGCCUUCCAGAAAUGGCGCCUUUUGAUCACCGCAUUGUGACGCCGAAGCCGCAUCAGAUCACCAGCUAUUACACCAUCAACAAAGACGAGGUCCUGGGAGGAGGACGUUUUGGACAAGUGCACAAAUGCACAGAGAAGUCAUCUGGACUGACGUUCGCCGCCAAGAUCGUCAAAGCCAGGAGCCAGAAAGAGAAGGAGGUAGUGAGGAAUGAGAUCCAGGUGAUGAACCAGUUGCACCACGCCAACCUCAUCCAGCUUUAUGCUGCCUUCGAGUCACGCACUGACAUCAUCCUCAUCAUGGAAUACGUGGAGGGCGGGGAGCUGUUUGACCGCAUCAUUGAUGAGAACUACAAUCUGACCGAGCUGGACACAGUCCUGUUCAUACGCCAGAUCUGUGAGGGGCUGCAGUACAUGCACAAGAUGUACAUCCUACAUCUAGACCUGAAGCCAGAGAACAUUCUUUGUGUCAACAGAGCCACAAACAAAAUCAAAAUCAUCGACUUUGGACUGGCAAGGAGGUACAAACCCAGGGAGAAGCUGAGGGUCAACUUUGGAACGCCUGAGUUUUUGGCUCCUGAAGUCAUCAACUACGAGUUUGUGUCGUUCCCCACAGACAUGUGGAGCCUCGGCGUGAUCACGUACAUGCUGCUCAGUGGCUUGUCUCCAUUUCUGGGGGAAGAUGACAACGAGACUCUAAACAACAUUCUGGCCUGUCAGUGGAACUUCGAGGAGCAGGAGUUCUUAGACAUCUCCGAACAGGCUAAAGACUUUAUCACCCGACUGCUGGUGAAGAGCAAAAGCUGGAGGAUGAGCGCUGCAGAGUCCCUCAAGCAUCCCUGGCUGUCAGAUCCAAGUCUGCACUAUCAACUAAAUCAGAAGAAAAACAAGUGCCACUCCUCACACGGCCCUCCUCCUCCAGAGACUUAAACAGAAACACCGCCAGGGUCCCUUUGGACAAACUCGGGUCUCGAUCCCCAACACUGGACCAAUGAUGCUGCACCCGAAUGGCUGCUGGAUAACUACUCUCUGCUUCGCACGUUAGCCUCAGCUCAUAGCUGUGACCGCUAACAGAAUAGCAUCAGACUGUCUGUUACUGUCCCAU